GGCUUGUUGAGUCCCUCGGAGUCUGGACUACUGCCACCGCAAUAGCAGUACAUGCAGGCCUUGAACAGACUGCUUGCAGCGUCGCUCUCUUGACAGUUGUCUUAAGAGAACAUGACAUCUUGAAUGACCCAGCUUCAGAAGAUGUGCCCAGAUCUACGGAAGUCGCUAGACAGUGUUUCCUCAAAUCAAUCCGCGCUCGAGUCCUUGAGCAUUCCGAGAACAGACUGGAGCAAGCCAGGAAGGCCAAAGAACUCUUAUUGAACGGAGAAUACAUCGAGCAGACUUCCCAUCAUUACCAUCAGAUAAAUCCAGAGUGUUGGACCGACCCGGGAUGGUGGCAGGAUCCGAAGCUCUACAUAUAUGACCGUGCAAUGGAGUGUAAAUUUGCUUUGGCGAAUAUCAUGAUUGAGAUCAUGAGUGGUAUUCCUGCGAAGAGGCGGUGAGAUUUUCGGAUCGCGGUCCCUGACAUCCUGAGAUGACAUGAAAGUGAAUUUUGAAAGCGAGCGAGGGUAUUUCAAUUGACGGAAUGGGGCGUCUGGCCCGAGGCGGAAUCAUUGAGAAGCUGUAUCCAAGGCGAAAAUCCAAGAACUUUCCCUCAUCACGACACAUGGAAGCUGGCGAGCCGGACCGUGUACCAUUCGAAUCAACCAUCAGCGCGUUUCGUUUCAAGCUGGACCUCGACAUAGGCUUAUAGAAGUCCAGAAGCUUGAUACCAUG